UUAAGAAAAGAUCAUAGAAGAGAAAUCUUUAGCUGCUUUGCUACAGAGAGAGGGAACUGACAAGAAAUCGAGAGAGAGAUCGGAGAUGGGGCUCGAAGAAAACCUGAAAUCGUUGAAUAUCAAUGAAGAAGAAAACAAGAAUCCUAACGCGAAAGAAGAAGAAGAAGAUGAGGGGCUUGAGGAAGGGGAGAUCGCCGGAGAAGAAGAUGAUGCGACGUCGUUGAAGAAAGAUGUCGCCGAACAAACUCACCCUCUCGAGCAUUCAUGGACCUUCUGGUUCGAUAACCCACAUGCCAAAUCGAAGCAAACAACUUGGGGUAGUUGUAUGCGCCCUAUUUACACUUUCUCAACCAUCGAACAAUUCUGGAGCCUUUACAAUAACAUACAUCAUCCGAGCAAGUUGCCUGUGCGAGCAGACUUUCAUUGUUUCAAACAUAAGAUCGAGCCUAAGUGGGAAGACCCUGUCUGUGCUAAUGGAGGCAAAUGGACCGUGACUUUCCAGAAGGGGAAAUCAGAUACGCCUUGGUUGUACACGUUAUUGGCUUUGAUAGGGGAACAGUUUGAGUAUGGUGAUGAGAUCUGUGGAGCAGUUGUCAGCGUGAGAGGCAAGCAGGAAAGAAUAGCGCUUUGGACCAAGAAUGCUGCCAAUGAAACUGCACAGAUAAACAUCGGGAAACAGUGGAAAGAGUUGCUUGAUUACAACGAAACUAUUGGGUUUAUAUUUCAUGAAGAUGCGAAGCUAGACAGAGAUGCCAAGAAUAGCUACACUGUAUGAGUUUUAUAGAGUUCUUCUCUAGUAGUAGACGUCGUGCAUGAUUCAAGAUUGCUUUCAGGACUCUCUGUAAGCACCAGUGGCUUUACUUGGUUGCCUCCUUUCAAUUCUUAGUUGUUUGACCUAUGGUUGUUGCUUCAGGGAUUGUUAGCUAUAUAAGCGAAUAUUAGUACUGUCGUAAAUUUCGGUUCGCUGACCAUUUAUGAAAUGCUUUUCAAUGGCUAUUUUCAUUUUGUUACAA